AUGAGUUCGUACAACUCUUCGACGGCUACAAGAGAUGUUCUUGGCAAGGCGGAACCCGGGCUAUCGAAUUGCGAGGAGAAAAUAGUCUAUGAUGCUUUGCAAGUUGAAGAGAUGGGUCACUACGAAAUCGUCGGAGAAGAUGGCAACUUUGUAAUUGAUGAUACGGCUUUUGCAAGUAAUUCGAAAAACUCGCCACCCCGUGUCAUCAAACGAGGUGGUCGGAUUGCGCAAGCAUCGCCUGGCACGAUUCUUCGUCGGCAGCCGUAUCGCGAAUCUCGCGUCAAAUCAUUUAAACAACUGCUUGAUUACUCCAACAAAACUGAUGCCGAAACAAGCGGAAGUAAUCCAUUCGUUGAAGCGGCUCCUGCUCGCGUUUUUGUAUCAAACGAUGUUGAUGGAAUGCACUUGGACUGGCCCUUAUAUAGUCAACAGGCGGAGUCGUUUGCUACCGCUGCUCAUAUUAUAGUGAGCGAAGCGGCGCUGGUGCAAAGCUCGCUAAUUUGUGUGACUGUACCACAAGAGUUCACCGAAGUAGGCACGUUUGUAAUAUCAAUGUCGGGCUUGGAGGACCGCCAUGAAGUGACUCGAGAUGGGCUUGGUUCUUGGGGAUCACCUCAAGGGACUACUAAGUUCUACAAUUUUUGCCAUUCAACGCGGAAGUUGACCACCGGAACACCAGAUGCUUACACUUAUAAGGUCCAGUGCAACAGAUAUAUUCACCCAGGAACUGAUGAGCGUGGCAAUUUCAUAAGAAAAAUCUAUUGUGGAAUGGCAAGUACAGGAGAAGGAUGUUCCUUUGCAGUGAUUACAUAUUCUUGGGAAGGUACUCCACACCCUAUAUCAAUCACCGUGCCAUCGUCUUUAUCAACAAAACAGCGCCCUUAUGGAGCUAGAAGUUGGGAGGUGAUCUGUUUUCUUGACAUAAUCUGUGAGGUCUUGUCCAAAAUUAUGGUGUUAAUCACUUUUUCCCUUUAUGGGAUCCCAUAAGA